ACUCUUCCUCACAGCUUCCACUAUAUAACCAUCAUUUAGCAUCCUCCAUUAGGGCUUUGUAUUCGUUUCGCUCGAAGCCGCUGAUCAACCAGAGAGAGCCAUGGGGAGGAGACCUGCAAGGUGUUAUCGCCAGAUCAAGAACAAGCCAUACCCAAAGUCACGGUACUGCCGUGGUGUGCCAGAUUCAAAGAUCAGGAUUUAUGAUGUUGGAAUGAAGAAAAAGGGAGUUGAUGAGUUUCCCUUUUGUGUGCAUUUGGUUAGUUGGGAGAAGGAGAAUGUUACCAGCGAGGCCCUGGAAGCUGCACGCAUUGCCUGCAACAAGUACAUGACUAAGUUUGCAGGAAAAGAUGCAUUUCACCUCAGGGUCAGGGUUCAUCCUUUCCAUGUACUGAGGAUAAACAAAAUGUUGUCGUGUGCUGGGGCUGAUAGGCUCCAAACCGGCAUGAGGGGGGCUUUUGGUAAGCCCCAGGGGACAUGUGCACGUGUAGCCAUUGGUCAGGUCCUUCUCUCUGUUCGCUGCAAAGAUACUAACAGCCACAACGCCCAAGAGGCCUUGCGCCGUGCAAAGUUCAAGUUUCCUGGUCGUCAGAAGAUCAUUGUCAGCAGGAAGUGGGGAUUUACGAAGUUCAGCCGUUCUGAUUACGUGAGGUGGAAAGCAGAUAACCGCAUUUUGCCAGAUGGUGUCAAUGCCAAGCUUCUUGGCUGUCAUGGACCGUUGGCGCGGAGGCAACCUGGAAGAGCAUUUUUAGAUGCGGCUGCGUAGGAGUCGGGGAUAUAUUCGGAACUGUAGCAGAGAUUUAUCUGCUUCUUUUUGCUACAUUUUCUACUGCAGAACUUUAAUUGCCGGGAUGUUUGCUAUGACUUUGUGUUAUUUAUAUUGUGAAACAAAAUGUCAGUUUGAUCUUUUAAGGUCUGUUUUUUUUUUGUUUAGCAUAUUAACUCGUCGUUUAUCCACAAUUCAUAGGACUCUACGUGGGAACUGAUCCACCUCCACUACAGUCUAUGCUUUGGAGGCAUUGAUUUAUGAAAUAUCAGUGACAAUUUUGUUAAAAAUUUUGAUAGUGAUUAUCCUCCAGCUCUUGGAAGAUGCUAUACUUUUUCCCAUUG